ACAGCAUUUGUAAAUUCAGAGUAGAAAAGCGGCAUUUGCGAUACAUCUUGCAGCUUCUUUAAGUAAAGUUCAGUGAAAAUGAUCGAUUUUGUUGGAGCGAUUUUUGCGAUACUCAUCGCAGCCGGCGGAAUAAUGGGCUACGUACGCGCUCGAUCACAGAUGUCCCUUUACUCUGGCAUUCUAUUCGGUGUGGCGCUCGGCGUAGGGGCCUGGCUUAAUUCUUUGCAGGAACCGAUACCGAUCGUACAGCUGGCGAUUCUAGCGGCACUCAUAAUGGUCAUGCUGUAUCGCUACUGGAGCACGAGGGCGUUCAUGCCGGCCGGAAUGAUAAUACUGCUUUCGUUCGGCGUCGUGGUGUGGACGUGCGUUAUCUAUCGCGACUACUUAUCCAUGGGUUGGAUGCGCGGUGCUCCGUACAGUGAUCACAAUUUCACUGUCGUCAUAGUGGAUGAAAAUUCGAAACUAGAGUAGUAAGGUUGUCCAAGCAGGAGCCGCGAUGGUGGAAGGAAGGAAGGUGAUCGUGGAAUCUCAUGAUUUUGCCGCCCCGGUCACGGCUGGCUGGACCAACGGAAACCAAAUAUAUCAUACUCGAAUGUUCGUAUCUUUUACGAAGAACUCAUAUUGAAUCACGAUUUACAUUGUUACGGAGG